AUGGCGGAUGAAGUCUACGACGGUGCCAUUGGCAUCGAUUUGGGUACCACCUACUCUUGCGUGGCCACGUACGAGGGUGCCAAUGUCGAAAUCAUUGCCAACGAGCAGGGCUCCUUCACCACGCCUUCUUUCGUCUCCUUCACCGACAAGGAGCGUCUGAUUGGUGAUGCUGCCAAGAACAAUGCUGCCAUGAACCCCAAGAACACCGUCUUUGACGCCAAGCGUCUGAUUGGUCGUCGCUUCGAUGAUCCCACUGUCAAGAAGGAUAUUGAAUCUUGGCCGUUUACCAUUGUUGAUGAAGCCAGUCAGCCCAAGAUUGAGGUCGAGUACCUGGGAGAGAAGAAGCGGUUCUCUGCCCAGGAAAUCUCCUCCAUGGUCCUCCUCAAGAUGAAGGAGAUUGCCGAGACCAAGCUCGGCAAAAAGGUUGAAAAGGCCGUCAUCACUGUCCCUGCCUACUUCAACGACAACCAGCGCCAGGCAACCAAGGAUGCCGGCGCCAUUGCCGGCCUCAACGUCCUCCGCAUCAUCAACGAGCCCACUGCCGCUGCCAUUGCCUACGGUCUCGGCUCCGGCAAGACUGACAAGGAGCGCAACGUGCUCAUCUACGACUUGGGUGGCGGUACCUUUGACGUGUCUCUUCUCAACAUCCAGGGCGGCGUCUUCACCGUCAAGGCUACCGCUGGUGACACCCACCUGGGCGGCCAGGACUUUGACACCAACCUGCUGGACCACUGCAAGAAGGAGUUUACGCGCAAGACCAAGAAGGACCUCAGCAACGACGCCCGCGCCCUGCGAAGACUGCGCACCGCCUGCGAGCGCGCCAAGCGUACGCUGUCCAGCGGUGCCCAGGCCACGAUUGAGAUUGACUCCUUGUUUGACGGCGAGGACUUCACCAUGACCAUCACCCGCGCCCGUUUCGAGGACCUCAACGCCAAGGCCUUCUCCGGCACCCUCGAGCCCGUUGCCCAGGUCCUCAAGGACGCCGCCAUGGACAAGUCGGGCGUCGACGAGAUUGUCCUGGUCGGUGGCUCCACCCGUAUCCCCAAGAUCCAGAAGCUCUUGUCCGAGUUUUUCGACGGAAAGAAGCUUGAGAAGAGCAUCAACCCCGACGAGGCUGUUGCCUACGGCGCCGCCGUGCAGGCCGGCAUCCUCUCUGGCAAGGCCACCUCUGCCGAGACGUCUGACCUGCUCCUGCUCGACGUCGUCCCCCUGUCUCUCGGCGUCGCCAUGGAGGGUAACAUUUUUGCCAAUGUCGUGCCAAGAGGAAGCACGGUGCCCUGCUUGAAGAAGAGAACCUUCACCACGGUUGCCGACAACCAGCAGACUGUCCAGUUCCCCGUCUACCAGGGUGAGCGUGUCAACUGCGAGGACAACACGUCGCUGGGAGAGUUCACCCUCGCCCCCAUCCCCCCCAUGCGCGCGGGCGAGGCCGUCCUCGAGUGCGUCUUUGAGGUGGACGUCAACGGCAUCCUCAAGGUGACGGCCACCGAAAAGACGUCUGGCCGCAGCGCCAACAUCACCAUUGCCAACUCUGUCGGCAAGCUCUCCACGGGCGAGAUUGAAAAGAUGAUUUCCGACGCCGAGGCUUUCAAGAGCAACGACGAGGCCUUUAGCAAGCGAUUCGAGGCCAAGCAGCAGCUCGAGUCGUACAUUGGCCGCGUCGAGGAGAUUGUCACCGACCCCACCCUGUCCCUCAAGCUCAAGCGAGGCCAGAAGGAGAAGAUUGAGCAGACCAUCUCCGAGGCCAUGGCCACUCUUGAAAUUACCGACAGCUCUGCCGAGGACCUGAAGAAGCAGGAGCUCGCCCUCAAGCGCCUCGUCACCAAGGCCAUGUCCUCUCGAUAA